CAAUUGUUUAGCUAGCCCAGCCCUGAAUGCGUUUUGUCCUUCCUCUCCUGCCGUACAAUCCUGGAGUAGCUUUUCCUGGUAACAAAUCUCGUUGAUGGUGCGAUGUAGUCACAGUGUCAGGGACCCCACUCACUGCCAAUGACAGCUUCCCGCCCGCACAGCUGAGCCAGUGCCCACCGGACCGGAUAACCUCCUGCUGCCGCUGCCCGGGCACAGAGCCGCCACUGCUGGGGUGCUGGCAGCGCACCACAGACAUGACUGAGAUCAGUAUCGACAAAUCCAACCUGCCGGGAGUGAAGGAAGUAUGCCGCGACUUUGCAGUGCUGGAAGAUCACAGUCUUGCACACACCUUGCAGGAGCAGGAGAUUGAGCAUCAUCUAUCCACAAAUAUACAGAGGAAUCGCUUGGUAAAGCAUGACCUACAAGUGGCCAAACAGCUUCAGGAAGAGGAGGACAUCCGAGCACAAGCCCGGGUUAAGAACCAUCACACUGAAUUGGAACUUUUAGAUGGUGAAAUUGCUCAGGAAAUUCAAGAUAAGUUGGUGAUUGAAGCAGAACAGAGACGUAGACAGGAAGAAAAGGAUGAGGAUAUUGCUCGAGUAUUACAAGAGAGAGAGGAAAAAAGGAGAAAAAAAUAUACUUCACGGAGCCCAGAAGAGCCGCAUGAAGGCCACCAUAGGGAUAGACCUAAGGAACAUGUGUCGGAAUAUGAUAGACACCAUAGGCAUGAAAGGCCUGAAAGAAACAGAAAAGAAAGGGGCGUUCCUAGAUCUGAGCUGUCUCCCCACUACGACGAUGAUAGAAAACGUGGACGAUCAGCAGAACCACGCUCAGUGUCCAGAGAUGAUCACUCUGACUUACAUAGGCAUGAAACUCCUGUUAAUAGGAAUCCUGCGAAAUCAAACAAACCUCAAAGGCCACCAGAACCCAGGACACACAGACACAAGAAUCUUGAUGACCAUAAUACAAAUGAAGCAGCCUACAGUGAAAAUUUACCUAGAAGGGGGAGGUCUCAUAGUCAUGACCUGGACUCAAAACAUUCUGGUAGACCAGAUCAUCAGGACAGUUCUCAUUUAAGCGCUAAUAAAAGAGGCACUAGGUUUGAAUAUGAGAAUGAAAGACACAGGCGGAGAACACCUUCUCCACAUGAUGAAAGGCUGUACAAAGACCCAGGCCAUCACUCAAAAGGACCCAAAGAUGUGCCUCAAACUAAACUCACAGCAGGCUCUAGAACUCGGGAUAAGUAUGAUGCAGAGAUUGCUAGGAGACUUCAGGAAGAAGAGCUGAGGGUGAACGCUGUGGAUUACAGAGCAGCACAAAUGGCACAAGAUGAGGAAAUAGCCCGCUGGUUAAUGGAAAGAGAGGAAAAAUCGCAUAAGAAAUCUAAAGGACGUGAUAAGAUGUCAGACGGUAGGAGAACGGACGAGUUGGAGCUAAACACACGUGAACAUGUUCGGCCACGAUCGAGGGAUGAACAUCACAGUUCCAGAAGUGACAAGCCAUACAGGCCUCUUCCUCCCCCUCCAGAUGAAGAGAACGAUAACGACUGUGAUCAUGAUUACACAAACCGUGUCUCCCAUAACUCUCCACGGUCCAGUUCAAAGUCUCAGUCCUCUCAUAAAGGCUCCCAUUACAAGCAAUGAGAGAUGGAUCCAUAAUGCCAAUGAUGCUAACGAGCUUAUAGGAAAUCUCAAGAAAAUGUGUGUUUUUCCUUGUCCUUGAUGGCAGCGUCAAGGCUAUCUCUCCUUCCCGUGUCCUGUCAUUCUUUUGUCUACCCCACAAGUGACAAACUGCGUGCAGCAUUAUCUGGCUCUGAGCAGCUGGCGAAGUUGGUAUUGCCAAAACAUGUCCUAAACAUGAAUAAAACAGAAUAGGGACAAUUGACAUUUAGUUCUGCAAAUGGAAUAAUACAAAAUCAGAGAAUAGUUCUAUUUGGCACAACUGUUGGCUAAUGCCACUUAUAACAAUGAUGUCAUCCAGCCAGUGUGGCUGGCAUUCUACAAGGCAGCUUAUUAUAUGAUUAAAUUAGAUCUCUCAGUUGAAA